CGCAAUGAACAACUUCAGGUUCACUGAGCUGAGUGGAUUCCACUCGCUGUGCCCUUGGAGUCCGCUGCCCGAAUCUCCCGCCCAGUCUCAAAACAUGUAGCUGAGUAACAGCAAACUGCCUGCCUUUGAGGAGUAGCACGCAGAGAGUGUCAAAGACCUCAACUUCUGGAGAAAAAUGACCUUUCAAGGAAUACAAAGUAUAUACUUCCUGCUGCAUGUUUCUGUCUUACUAACCUGUGAUCACUGAAACACAUGGCUGCUGGGCUUAAGAAAGUCAAUUGAUUAUCAAACUUCUCAUCAUGCAUCAACUGUUCAGACUGGUUUUAGGACAAAAAGAUCUUUCACGUGCCGGGGACCUCUUCUCCUUAGAUGACUCUGAGAUUGAAGACAGCCUGACAGAAGCUCUGGAACAAAUUAAAAUAAUUAGCUCAUCUUCAGAUUACCAAACCAAUAACAAUGACCAGGCAGUGGUUGAAAUCUGUAUCACGCGAAUCACAACAGCCAUCAGAGAGACAGAGUCCAUUGAAAAGCAUGCCAAGGCCCUUGUGGGGCUCUGGGACUCCUGCCUGGAACACAACCUGAGACCCUCUGGGAAAGAUGAAGACACUCCGCAUGCAAAAAUUGCUUCUGAUAUCAUGAGUUGCAUUUUACAGAAUUACAACCGGCCCCCCGUGAUGGCGUUAGCCAUCCCCAUAGCAGUGAAAUUCCUCCACAGAGGCAACAAGGAACUGUGCAGGAAUAUGUCCAACUACCUGUCCCUGGCUGCAAUCACCAAGGCAGAUCUCCUGGCUGAUCACACAGACGUUAUAGUAAAGAGCAUACUCCGAGAAACAGCUUUGUGGUGGUCUUCUAUUAGCCCUGCAUCGCCUCUACAGGAGGAGAACAGGAGUGUGGUAGAGGGUCACAUCCCCUUCCGCAGGGUGGAGACGUUUGAUCGUCCUCUCCUUCAUGCACGGGAAAACAGGAUGGUUUUGUUUAAAACAUCAGUGGCUUUGACCCAAAUGCACGCACUAAAAGACUCAAGCUUCAUUGGUGUCACUGGAUGCACGCUUCCAAAAAUCUUCUUGGAACGCAUUGGGAAUAAAAGGGCUGUUUCACAACCUAGAAUAGCAAGAAACUCCGCCCGCAGCCUCUGCAGCUCGCCCCGGAGGACGUCGUCGGUGGCCUGCAGCAGCAUGCCCUCCCUCAUCUGCGAGUCCUCCAGCAUGAUGAAGAGCUUGUCCCACUCGGUGUGCUCCCGACGGCAGUCACACGGCGUGGCUAGAGCGCGGGACACACACGUUACCGACCCGCCCAGGCCUUCCCAGGGUGUGCUUUGUAGAAAGCUGACCUCCCUCGGUGGUCCCAAGUCACUGCCCAUCCCCAGCACCUCCUCCCCUUUAAGGACACCUCCGAAAAACAGCGUCACUCCCCUUCCCAUUAAAGCAGGCCUCCAGGGGCCUCCAGCUGCCUGUCAUGUGGCUCUUCAUGUGGCUCUUCAUGGCUCACACUUGGUUACUGAGGUGGUUCAGAAAUGUAUUCCUUUCCUAAUCAGGCAUUUAAAAGACUCAACCCAUAAUGAUGUCAUCCUAAACAUCCUCAUUGAGAUAGCAGGCUACGAACCUGUGGCUUUGAACGGUUUUCUUCCAAUGCUGAAAGAGAUUGGUGAGAGGUUCCCCUACCUCAUCGGACAAAUGGCAAGAAUCUAUGGAGCUGUGGGGCAUGUGGAUGAAGAGAGAGCCAGGAGCUGCCUGCCAUUUCUGGUGAGUCAGUUGGCCAACAUGGAACAUUCGUUUCAUCAUCUUCUCCUGCUGGAGAUUAAGAGCAUCACUGAUGCCUUCUCCUCCAUCCUGGGUCCUCAGAGCAGAGAUAUCUUUCGCAUGAGCAACAGCUUCACUGCCAUUGCCAAGCUUCUUACCCAGCAACUGGAAACUACCAAGACCAGAAGUAGCAGGAGAAAACCCAGCAAUGAAAUUGAAUUCCCUGAAAAGCUGGAAGGAAUCAAAUUCACUGUAGCUGAAGAAGAAGACCAUGAAAAGCUCCAAGUUAAAAUACAGGCUUUUGAAGACAAAAUAAAUGCUGACAGCAGUACUCCUAGCUCUAUAAGAAGAUAUAGUUUGGGCCACUUUUCUAAGGAAGAAAGAAAGGACAUUAGAUUUAACAGGUCAAAGAGUUUGGCUUUGCACACUGUGCUAACGAAGAGCAUGAGUUCAGAUGAUGGGGAAGUUUUAGAAAGUGGAGAUAUGCCAGCUAGCAUAUUUCUUUCAGAAAUAGACCCAAUUAGCCAAGGAAAUGACAAGUUACGCUGUAAGGCAAACUCUGACAGAUCACAGCUGAAAAAUUCUUCAGUUUCACACCCAAGUAUUAUACAUACAGAAUCACCAGAAACAGUUAAAGAAAACUGCCAGAAAGAAACUCCAGAAACAACUGCCAGUCCAGUGGAAUACCAAGAUAAGCUCUACUUGCACUUAAAGGAAAACUUCAGUAAAGUCAAAGAAUACGCGGUGGAAAUCGGAAGGAAGAUUCCAGUCCCUGAUCAGUGUACCAUUGAAGAUUCUGUUAGAAGUUGUGUGGCAAAGUUGUUUUUUACCUGCUCCCUGAAGGGUCAUUACUGCCUCUACAGUAAAUCCAGUUUUAUUCUCAUCAGCCAAGAACCGCAGCCAUGGAUCCAGAUCAUGUUCCUCUUUCAGCAGAGUCUGUUUCCUGAGCCCCUGUCUAUCCAGAGUCAUUCUGUACAAUUUCUCAGAGCUCUGUGGGAGAAGACCCAGACAGAAGGUGCUCACAGCUUUGAAACAGCCAUGAUGGAAUCCACAUUUCCACAGCAGAAGGAUCUGGACCAGGUACAGCUCCAUCUGGAAGAAGUGAGAUUCUUUGAUGUAUUUGGCUUCAGCGAAGCAGCUGGAGCAUGGCAAUGCUUCAUGUGCAACAACCCCGAGAAAGCGACUGUUGUAAAUCAAGAUGGCCAGCCUCUCAUAGAAGGAAAACUUAAAGAGAAGCAAGUCAGAUGGAAGUUCAUCAAAAGGUGGAAAACUCGUUAUUUUACACUGGCUGGAAAUCAACUUCUGUUUCAAAAAGGAAAGUCUAAAGAUGAUCCUGAUGACUCCCCAAUAGAACUCAGCAAAGUACAGAGUGUGAAAGUUGUGGCCAGGAAACGCAGGGACCGCUCCCUCCCACGGGCUUUUGAAAUCUUCACAGACAAUAAAACCUAUGUUUUCAAGGCCAAGGAUGAGAAGAAUGCAGAAGAGUGGCUCCAGUGCAUCAAUGUGGCAGUUGCCCAAGCAAAAGAGAGGGAAAGUAGAGAAGUAACCACAUAUCUGUAGGGAUUUGCAAGGCGACCUCACACUGAUUGUAUACAAGGGGCAUCGUGUGAUCACUGCCAAUGUCAAGAAAAAAAGAGAUAAAUUAGCCAAGUCACAUUGUGUUUUCACUGAGUACCAGUGCAACAAUUUUCCCUAAGAAGCAGAACCCAAAAUUGGCAGGAUUUUUAUACAUUCCAUAUACUAAUGGCACCUGCAUUAACUCCAGAACAUCUAUAUAAUGCAUUCAGGAAAAGGAGUUACAGACGGCACAGGACAGAAAGGGGAGUGUCAGGGAUCUAGGAACCCUUGUAGAUAUGCCGUUGUAAACUGUAUGAAUACAGCUUUACAAGGUACCUGAAAUACUUAUCCCAAGGAAAGAUUAAGCACCUCUGGUGAAAAUUAAAGUCUGUCAAAAGUAUUAGAAGAAAAGUAAAGCCCUAUUAGGAAAAGUCAAACAUAUAACUUACUUAUACAAUUAUGUUUAUUCUUUUCUAAUAUUGUUGAGGCUAACACAUGGUAACACAUGGUUCUCAAGUGAAGACAGCUUUAUAUAAUUUUUUUAAGUAGUUUAUUGUCAAAUUAGUUUCCAUACAACACCCAGUGCUC